AUUUUAUCUAGGUUAGGUACUACUAGUACAUAUCUAAUUACUUCAUUACUUCAUAAUCGCAUGACAUGAUUGGAAGAAGAAAUCACCAACUCUCACAGCUUUUUACUUCUUUACUUUUAUUCCACUAUUCUAAAUAGACAACCUCUUCGGCGCACCGAGCAUAAUGGAGAUCAUCCCCGGCGCAACCACAGAGACGGACCCCGAGAAAGCCGAAGCGGGCACAUUUCUACGAUCGCUUCUCAACAAGAACCUGCGCAUCUACGCAACCGACGGCCGUCUCUUCAUAGGGACCUUCAAAUGCACCGAUACUCACAACAACAUCGUCUUAUCGCUCACCUACGAGUACCGCCACCCAUCGCAGCAAAAGCUAGCCGAAGCCGCAGCCGCAGCCGCAGCCGUCGCCGAAGACGAGAGUAAAGGCACAGUGACCGCCAACAUGACGUCGCGAUAUCUAGGUCUGGUCGUUGUCCCCGGAGAGCACAUCACCAAGAUGGAGGUCGAAGAGUUUUCCAGCCAGGCGAAGACGCGGUCGAUAUUCGACAGGAGAGACCUAUACGGUGGCCGAUGAUUGAACGAAGGCACCACCAUGUUCGAAAAGCGUAUGCCAACUUAACAUGGCAGACCCCGUUUUGCGUUCCAUGCUCCCGAUAACUAUACCCUAUCUACAUACCUACCUACCUACCUACCUACC